CAUACUUUUUUUUAAGCUUUGUUUCCUUAAUGUUUGUUGGUUCUUAUUUCUCGAUCCUCCUCAUCCUCCGUUUUUUUUUUGUUUACCUUUCUCUUCUUUUUUUUUUCCGUUCUCCAACAGAAAUGAAACUGUAUAUUCUGGAAGAAUGCAUCGUCAUUUUAGUCCACUCAAAACUGAAAUGGUGCGCAAAAGGCCCAGCUCGUCCAAGGUUUGCUCACGAGCUGCGCUGCGCUAUGGCGCCAGCGUGUGAGAUUUUGGUAAUGGUUUCCUUGUUGAAGGCUUCGUUGGUGGUUUUUAGCGCAGCAGCAGAUAAACUCGAGCUCGGCUAUUACUCCGAGACGUGUCCAAAUUUGGAAGAGAUCCUCGCAACCUCUGCUAAACUUAAGCUGGCCGAAGCACCCACGACUCCUGCGGCUGUUGUGAGGCUCUUGUUCCACGACUGCUUCAUAGAGGGAUGCGAUGCCUCGAUCAUGAUAACUUCUACUCCGGACAACUUGGCUGAAAGAGACGCGGAAGUUAACAGGGACUUGGCUGGUGAUGGUUUUGAUGCCGUGGUUCGAGCAAAGGCGGCGGUGGAAGCCGAGUGCCCGGGAGUGGUGUCUUGUGCUGACAUCUUGGUGAUCAUAGCGAGAAACUUCAUAGAGCUGACUGGUGGGCCUUCGUAUCCUGUUCUCAAGGGAAGAAAAGAUGGAUUUAUCUCCGAGGCCGCGAGGGUCCAGGACAACCUUCCAGGCUCCACCUUGAAUCUCCAUCAACUUUUACGCAACUUUAAGAGCAAAGGACUGGACAUGGAAGAUCUCGUGGUACUGAGUGGUGCUCACACUUUUGGAUUCGCUCACUGCAAGCAAUUCCACAAGAGGCUCUACAACUUUAGCCGCGAUCGCGCAAUGGAUCCGAGGCUCCCUCCGGUUUUCGCGUCGAGCCUCAAGGCCGCCUGUCCCGAGCGUGGCGAUGAUCCAGGCUUGGUGCUGCCCUUCGAUCCCUCCACUCCAUUCGCCUUCGACAACUCCUACUACAAGACCCUCGUCGCUGGAAACGCGCUGCUCAUCUCGGACGAGACGCUCCUCGCCAAGCGCAAGACGAGGGAGAUGAUCAGGGAAUUCGCGAGAGACGAGCAAAAGUUCUACCAGGAAUUUGGCGCCGCGAUGCAAAGACUGUCGAGCGUUGGAGUGAAGGUUGGGAGCGAUGGCGACGUGAGGAGAGAUUGCACGGCUUUUGAUCGGUAGUCUUGUCUUCCAUUUGGACACGACUCUCUCUCCAAGAACCCUAAAAUUCAAAGUUCCGCGAGUCUAGGA